AUGGGAGUUGGGGCGUCUUCGGUCCCUGGUAAUGCCACUUCAGAACAUAUUGAUGGUAGCCUGCUUCCUGUUCCUCAAUUAGAGCGAGAUAAAUUGGGACUUGAGGCGGCAGUGGACCAGUCCGGCAUCAGCUUGCUGGCCGCGGGGGAUAACUAUGACAACUAUGACAACGAGGAUGACAACGAGGACAAGCGGCCAGACCGCGAGUUCAGUCCGCCAAAGCCGCGUCAGCGUCACCUCAAAUAUUCCUUAGGACGGAUAAUAGGGCACGGGAGCUUUGGACAAGUCUAUUUAGCCCUUGAACACCUCACAGGAAAACUGCUAGCUGUCAAAGAGAUGGUAGUCAAGAAUUGCAGUCGGGAAGUUCUUGAAGCCAUCGACGCUGAGACACGGAUCUUGAUCAACUUGAGGCAUCCAAAUAUCGUUAACAUAUAUGACAUCGAGGUAUCUGACGAUGGCAACAAGCUGCUCAUUGUCAUGGACUUUAUUGCCGGAGGAAGCCUUGCGUCUCUCUCAAAGUCAUUCAAGGGUAUACCCGAAAUCCUCUGUAGACGGUAUGCUAGGCAAAUUCUGGAGGCCAUUAAGCAUAUGCAUAGACAGAAUGUUGCACACUUAGAUCUUAAGUGCAGUAAUAUAAUGAUCGGUGGCGACGGGUUGGUGAAGCUGGUUGACUUUGGAACUGCCACUAGACUGGCGCGGGACGACAUCAUCAAUGAACUUCAACGCCGGAAGGAAACAGAGGCAGACCCUAAGAAGCCAGGCCUGCCAUCCGAAGCUGCAAAAAAGUUCAAUCUAGGAAUUAAAGGUUCUCCUUAUUGGAUUGCCCCAGAAUGCGUAAGGUCCACACUCUACGAUAUCUUCAAAGCAGACAUCUGGUCCAUCGGGUGCCUGUUCAUCGAGAUGUUCACGACAUACCCUCCAUUCUUCCAGUUCAAGCAGGUUCCUGCCCUGCUGUAUCACAUUGCCACUAUCACAGAGCCACCAGGGCUGCCAGAAACCAUGUCAGACGAGGGGAGGGACUUCCUCUCCAAGUGCUUGCAAAUAAAUCCAGAAGCUAGGGCGUCUGUGGACGAUCUCCUGGCACACCCCUGGGUGGCAAUGGUCAACCUGACAUUUGGGAUUCAUCCACUGGUUCCCGAUAAACCCGCUGUGUCAGGUCGGGAGGCCCAUCUGCAGCAGUCUAUAGAUGCACCUCCUUCUCUGGCCACCUCGAAGGCGGACAAGCUUCUGGGGCUGUUCACCAAGACUAAGGAUACAGAUGUCACCCAGAGUACAAUCGCCAAGAACUGGUUUGGUAAGUCAAAGGCCAAUCUAUCUCAGUCUAUUAGAAACCUCCAGGCCUCUGCCAAGAUAGAUCUGAAUGAGGAUGAACUUGACAGCCUCUUUGAACUUGCUCUUCCAAAGGAGGAUCUUAGCUUCAUCGUCCUUCAACAUGAUAAGAUCCUAGAUGCUGGUAUAUGA